AUGUCCGAUGAGGCCAAAUCGUGCGUUUAAUGUCCGUAGACAGCUUGAGCAUGUUAGUAGGUGUCGGGUGUCUAAUUGGCUGGUCCGUGACGCUUGAGACUUGUAAGCCGCUCUCUUUGCCUUGGUAGUGACUAUCCGGUAGACAUCGAAGAUUGCUGGUCCAGUCUUCACAGCGGGUCUCCAGCCCAGUCAACCCUAGAUUAAGUUCUUCCAGGUCUCCGGGUUGAUUUACUGUUGCUUGAGAGGUGUGUUCGGGGUGAUCUCUCAACGUCCUUUUUGUCUUACCCGCCAGCGAGCACACCUAACAACGUAGCUCGAGUAGGUAUCAGCCAUCCAUCUUCACAGCAUCGUCGCUCCAUUUUACUAUUGCUUGCCUCAGCAUGGCGUUGGUGCCGAGAAGUCCGGUUCGCUUGUCUUGCCACCUCGGAUUUGUGUUUUCUGGAGGCAACUGAGGUGGAAGUGGUUGAGCCUCCUCCCCUUGCUUGCGUAGACCUGUUAAACUGUCAUGGUCGACAACUGGAAGGUUCCUUGUUUAGAAGGUAGGGAAGGCAGUUAGAUGGACAGGCACUCACUGAGACGGAGUGCGUACAGGCAACGCAGCAAGUAACUACAAAUUGCGUCCUUACCAGACAAGUUUCAGUCGAAUUGUAUGCGUCCAUCCGACUGCGGCCAAUCAGUGAGGAGAGAAUUAUCGGUCGGCGUCAAGACGUCGCAGGCUGAAGACUGAGUCUCACGUGUUAGGCGGACCGGCGCGGAGACUCAGUCACUUUCACCUCAGCUGUCUUCGACGGAUAUUGAAGCUGAGAUGUCAGGACCGGAUCCCCGACACGGAUGUACUGGAGAGGACAAGAACCCUCAGCAUCUACGCCCUGCUAGGACAACAGCAACUGCGUUGGAGCGGCCAUCUCGUGCGGAUGGACGACGAGCGGUUGCCAAAACAACUCUUCUACGGAGAUGUUGCUACGGGUUCCGCCGCCAAGGAUGUCAAAUAUGUCUCUAUAAGGACACUCUGAGGUCCUCUCUAAAGUGUCUGCAGAUCAACUCUGCCAACCGGGAAGACCUCGGUUGAGACUGGUCGUGGUGGAGGAUGACAGUGAAGGAGGACGCAGCGAUCUUAGAUGUCAACUGCAUCACUGCCGCCAAAGCCAAACGCGAAGCUCGCAAAUCUCAACUGCGCUCACCACGCAACGCCAACGCUCAACCGCCACCGACCUGUCCACGCUGUCAGCGGACGUUCGGGGCACCAGACGGACUCACGCCCGCAAUCUCGAACCCAUACUACCAUCGUCCUCCUCCUCUGCCUACUCCAUCGCCUUAACAUUUGCUGCUGCGGCUCUUGUACCCACCACCCCUACACACAAUCCAGGCGCACCAUCAAGUUUCAACCGCCACACCGUGAACCCUAACGAUGUGGACUCGCUCAAUACGUGUCCUCACUACGACCGCACCUUUGCCUCAUGCAUCGGCCUGGUGGGUCACUUGAAAAUCCAUCGCACAGAGACUGGAGAACCAGUGCCCGGCGCACGAACCUGCACUCACCGCAUUCGCGUCCAUUGUCCGCACUGGCACCGCAAAUUCACUCACCGCAUGGGUCUAUUAGACCACAAGCGCACUCAUGAAAACUUGCGGUAGACAACCGCCUCAUACACUACACCACCACACCUUCGCCCGCCAACACGUGCAUCACACAACCAUCACAAGCAUCCAGUCGCCACCUCCCCGCAAGUGAGGAGUGUGCGUCUCGACUCUGUUUCUACGCGGGGAUACUGUCAAAGUAAGUAAAAAUAAAUUUCUUUGUGAGUUUAAGUAGACGGACUGUAUGCAGCAUCCAGUUCCUGCUUAUGCAAUAAGCAGUUGGGCAUUAAAGAAACGUCAGUCAGCAGUGGAAAAACUCAUUCCUUUGGAAAAGAAAAAUGAAUAUGAUUUGAUCAAAUAAGUAAAUAGAACAAAAUAUUUUACUAUAGACACAUCGAAGUCCCUUCAUAGCAAGUAAAGAUAAAUUUUCAUAUGAAUUUUAGACGAGGUAGGCAGAAUCUGUACAAUACACAAUUCAUAGUUUCCGAAUUAGUAGUCCGUUAAGAAAAAUGAUGAGCGAGCGGCAAAAAACCCAUUAUAGAAUACAGAUGAUUGGAUUAACUUUAAGGGAGGAGAAAACUGUCGCUCGUGAAAGAAUAAGAAUGCCGGCAGGUCCGGCCUGCAUGUGGCAGUGUAUGACGGUGAUAGCGGACGCUCACCGAUCGUUCUUACGGAACUCACUCAUUCCGUUGUGCCUUAUGGACUCUCUCUCGAGCCUAACCAGCAGCCACACAGCGGCGCAUGAUAUUUAGGCAGAAGGAUAUUAUUGACAAAGCAAGGGAGACUGGGUACCCAACCUCGAAGUGUGGCACACCCGAGACUUGACCUCGCGACCUGUUUGUUAGAAGCCCACGCCUCUAACCACUGAGCCACGAGCCCGUUGUCCUGUCGGGCCAUUCCAGUCUCCCUUGUUUGUGUCGGUAAUAUCAUUCUGCCUAUAUAUCAUGCGCCGCUGUGCGGCUGCUGGUUGGGCUCGAGAGAGAGUCCAUAAGGCACAACGGAACGAGUGAGUUCCGUAAGAACGAUCGGUGAACGCCCCCUACCAUUGUAUAUUUCCGAUCGAAAACCGACAGGGCAACGGGCUCGUGGCUCAGUGGUUAGAGGCGUGGACUUCUAACAAACAGGUCGCGAGUUCGAGCCUCGGGUGUGCCACACUUCGGGGUUGGGUAUGACCAGUCCCCCUUGUCUUAGUCGGUAAUAUCAUUCUGCCCAAUGUAUAACGGAUUAUAAACGGACAUCGUCAUGGCAGAAAUAAAUUUCAGUCUUGAGAGAUACGUAUGCGGGUCGGACAGGACUGGCCGGCACGUGGUAUUGUAUAAGGGAUUCAAACGGACAUCUUCAGGGCAGAAUUAAUACGCCGGAUGAGACUCUUCGUGUCAAAGUGGCGAGAAGAGAGGAACCCAGACGCAAUCGGUCACGGUCUGCUUCUAGCCCAGCCGAGACGGAGACAAGUUAGGUACGACCAAAUUAAUAGUAGACGGCGAAUACAGAGGGUUCCUCUGUGAGCGUCGACAGAGCGCUUGAGGUCGAAAUGAGGAGAUGACAUCAGGAACCGCGAAAAUCGUCUCUAUGGGGGAGGAGUGAUGGCAGUGGACUUAGCAACCAAUUCAAAACAGGGUUUGUAAAGACAUAAGUGAGGGUUUCCACUUGAUCUACCACUAAGUUCCAGGAGGAUCCUUCUCAAAGUCAAGAAGCUGAGUGUUCGGGAAUGAGACCGUCAAAAGUGCCCUUAUUCUUUCUGGUAUAAGUGUUUGCGUAAUUUCGAUUUAAAUAUCGAUAACUUAGGCGAUAACCUAAUUUCUGGCGGAAGGUUAUUCCAAAAGAAAGCAUAUUUGGAAGCAGAGAAGAGAGCGUACUUAGAUGUAGUGCAAAGAGGCGGUGGAAUCAUCAUGAAGGAGUUGAACGUGGCAUAAGACCGAUCACUCGCAGUGACAAUGUCAAUUAGCGGAAGAUCGGAAAUAGAGUUAACGCGAAGAAGGAAGCAAAGGCUAGCUUGGAUUAUAGCUGCAUGAGGUGAUAAAGCAAGAUUAUUUGUAUAACUUAGACCUUGGUCCUUUAUGGGACCAGGAAGUUCGGCAGGACCAAAAGACAUGAAACUACACUUGGAUGAUGAAAACUCCAUCUGUCAUAUCGAACCCCAUCUGCUUAAGCGUAGUAAAUCGGCAUUAAUUUUUUCAACACAAACAUUUGCGGUGUACUUCGAAUAUGAGUAAACACACUUGAGGUCAUCGGCAUAAGUAAAAGUUUGCGAAUUUCCGAGUUCAGUCGAAAUAUCAUUGAUGUACAGAAGGAAGAGUAGCGGACCCAGAACCGUUCCUUGAAGUACGCCACUCGUGAUCGAGUGGGGUGUCGAGUAGCUAUUACCGACCAUGACUUUCUGAUAUCGGUUAAACAGAUAUGACUUGAUGAAGUCGAGUAGAGGCGGCCGAAUGCCGAGGGCUUCCAAUUUUACUAAAAGACGUCUAUGGGGCACCUUGUCAAAGGCUUUGCUAAGAUCAAAGUAAAUAACUACCACUGACUGCCGCUCAUUACGAAGAGAAAUUAUAAGAUUAAGAAAAGCCAAGUGGCAUGUUUCGCAGGAUCGUUCAGGUAAAAAUCCAUGCUGAUUAGAGCUCAGAGGCCGAUUAACUAGACAGAAUUAAAGAAUUUCAUUGAAAAUAAUCCUUUCAAGAAGCUUAGCUUGAGACGGCGAUUUGUGCACGCCCCGAUAGUUAUUAACAUCGGACCGAGAUCCUGACUUGAAGACGGGAAUGAUAAUUGAUGUUUUCCAUGUUUCAGGAAAGAAUCCUUUUGAAAUAUAAACCGAAAAUAAAUGACUGAGCAAUAUGGGAAGGUCGGAUGCUUGUUUAAUAAUAGAAUUUGGAAUCCCCUCCGUUCCUGAGCAGUGUGAGUAUUUCAAAAGGCUUAUGUGUUUCCUGAUGAUAUCUGAGGAGACAUCGAUUUUACUCAGUGUCCUAUCCGAAAGUGAUCGAAAGAAAGGAACCGGAUCGGACUCGGUAGUAAGGUGUUUUGCAAAGAAAGCACUAAACAACUCCGCCUCGUCAGUGUCAUCGAUGAGAAAGUUUUUUUAUCAUUUAGCAGGGCUGGAAGUUCGUGACCACGCUUAGAGGUGGACCGAUGACGGAAGAUGUUGGCGACGGAUUUGCCAGGGUUCGAACCACUGAGAGCAAUUGAUUCUCUUUGCCUGUCGCGCGCUUGGCGCAUUCUUGAGGCCAUCUCAAAAAUCUCUGUGAUUCUAAGAUGAACUGAUAAGGAACUAGUGGAUGGGUCACGCAGCUAUCGCCUCAACGUUUUUAGUCUGUUCUGAAGAAAAUGAGAAACAAGGGAAUCUGAAGAAGUAGGCUUGAGAUAUCUACGCGGCAAAAACUCUAAAAUGUCCUUGGAAACAUUUGACAUGACAUCACGAAGAAUGGUUGCGUCGCUGCAUGUGAGGAAGCCACACCAAUCCAAAGAUCUAAUAUAGUUAUUUAUUGAGUCAUUAUCUACGCAGUCGUAGUUCAUGUAAGUCCGAAGGACGCUGGUCUUUUUAGAAAAGGCAAGCGGUAAACAACAAUGAAUUAAUACGUGGUCACUGUCAAAGAGGUCAUUUUUUAAAGCAACAGAAAGAGGAGCAAUGUCAUUGGUAAAGAUUAAAUCUAAAGUGUGAUUAUCUCUUGUUGGAGAGCGCACCAGUUGGGACCAAUUAGAAAAGUUGACAAUAUCUUGAAAGGACUGGAAUCUGGGUGGGCAGCUAUUGGAAACCCAGUCAAUUUCAGGAAGGUUAAAAUCCCCAGUGAUUAUUUUAACAUCGAAUGCAGCUUCCGAAAUUAAUUUAAAGAUUUUACAGAGUUGUGAAUCAUCACUGGCUGAAGAGUUUGGGGGAUUGUAGAUACAGCCAAUAAUUGCCUUUGUUUGCGGCGAUUACUCCUUUUUGGCAUUCAGAAAAGUUUUGGAUGCUGAAUUCAUCGAUCGAAUGUACAGUAGCGAUUGCGUUCUCGGUCUCUGAUCCACAUGGCCGGUCCCACCUAGGGGCAAUUUCCUUAGCCAACAGCGACAGCUGUUCUUCAGUACGUCGGUUUGGUCCAGUCCCAACUUCAUGAAAAGAAAUGGCGACUGAUAAGAUCAGAUACAGUGCUACCCCUCACAUUCUUAACUGUCGAAAUUUCAUGGACAGCUGUUUUUAUCUCCUGAACCCUCCAAACCGUACAAAACGACCACCUUCUUUAUUUCCUUAUCGUUAGUUUUUCCCCCCCCCUGGACGGAUUUGUGCUGAAUAGCUCGCUUCAUUUGCGUCACGCGGAUGGUGGCGGCCCCGAGUAGUUCUUAAAUGUUUCGAACGGCGGGCAUAAUCAGCUGAGCGUAGCCGGCGUUGCCUGUGCAUCCACACCAAGUAAUUCCUAUUCCCUUCCCAUUCCCCUUCCUCCCUUACACUUAAAAACAGUCCUUCUACCACCUAACUCUCUUUUUAGAUCACUGCUGCUGACCUUUGGUUUCUCAGUCUGUGUUCGUCGCCCUACACGCAUUUUAUAGAACGAACUGUCGAAUUAUUCAACUAGUUGAAUAAAUAGGACGGGCUACUUAUCGCGAGCAUCUGACACUGAAAACUUUGUUUUAACUGCCUGCUGGCACUUGACCGGCAUGUGGCUGUCGCAUGGUCAUUGUGUGGGUCGGAUGCUGGCGUGCGGUCGUGGUGAGCCGUCGUUUCGUUCUGUUGUUGGGUCGCACGUAACCUACAACUCCAGCGUGGCGUGACGACUUAAGUUGUGGGAUGGCAUGUCUACAAGCAUACUUAUGACUGGUCUGCUUGUGUUUGACAGCACCUCGUCCAGUUGACUCUUGUAAGUUCUGAUGAUAAUUUGGUCCGUGUUUCUGACCGUUGAUGUUACCUUCCAACCUGAUGCACUUAUUCGCGCUCAAUGUUAACCGAAGUUGUUUUCCAUAUUCAAGGAAAUGCUGGAACCACUGCCGGUCCCCAAGAAUUCAAGCUUCGGGCUCGUCCAACCACUUGGGGUAAGGAGGGUUGCUAGUGAUGACAUUAUUCAGUUGAUUCAAUGAUUGUUGAUUAGUCUUCCUGAGAUUUUCGCAUCUAAAACUCAGCAACUUGUUUUGUAGGUCGGCCUCUGGUGUUUGCAAGUUGUUUGGCACCAGUCCACGGUGAGUUUGGAUGAUUAUACUCUGGUCCGUGUUUCCGAACCUUGACGAUCCUCUUUUUAUUAUGAUCUGCCUCACCACUAAGUGCUGCAAUUUCUCUUAUUUCAGACCAUGCUCAGGAAGGUUUUCCUGCACAGUUCGUUUGAUGUGGUUUUGGGCCGUGUUUCAACCUGCGUCAAGCCGAGAACGCUGUUGUUCAGAUGA